GUUAAGUAAAAACUAUAAUGAUGUUUUAAAAUUUAAUGAACAGCCUAGCUAUCAACAUUUGGGGUUACACAGCUCUAUGAUUACUUGUAUACGAUGUUCCUUUGCAGAAAGUGUAUUGAAAGUUUUUUAAAUUUAUAAAUGUCUGUUAAAUGAAUGUAUUAAAUUUAUCAAUAUCUGUUAUUCACUUCAAAACUGCGGCUUAAAAGUUUGAGAAUACCGUCUUGUUGAGAUUGAAAUUCGCUAUUCCAUUAAAAGCAUCCUGUGAGUUAACACAUAAAUAUUUUGAAUCAUGAAUUAUAUCUAAUUGCAAAAAACACUCUUACAAUAUUACCAUGCAUAGCGUUCACGUAAUCUUAAAAAUUUAUUGUAUAGAGAAAAAGAGAAUCCGCGAGAGUAUGGGAGGAGGAGGAGGCCAGCCACGUGUCGCGCGUGAGACCACCGCGUGUUGGGUGAACUUUUCGACCAGUAACUGGCGAUGAAGGCCAUACUGAGGUUCGUAGAGCUGGAGAACUUCAAGUCCUACAGUGGCUUCCAUCGCAUUGGGCCGCUGGAAUCCUUCACGGCUGUCAUCGGCCCCAAUGGCUCAGGGAAGUCCAAUUUCAUGGACGCCAUCUCCUUUGUUAUGGGAGAAAAGACUUCCAGCUUACGAGUCAGCCGGCUGAGUGAUCUUAUCCACGGCGCUUCAGUUCGUCAACCGGUCUCUCGCUCGGCUCAAGUGACGGCCGUCUUCAGUAUGGAUGACGACGCGGAGAUGCGGUUCACCAGAUUGGUUCAUGGCUCCUCGUCGGAUCACAAAAUCAAUGGCGAGACUGUGAGCAUGAAGGUAUACAUGCAGGAACUUGAGAGUUUGGGAAUUAACGUGAAGGCGAAGAACUUCCUAGUCUUCCAGGGAGCUGUCGAGUGCAUUGCCAUUAAGAAUCCUAAGGAGAGAACUGCGCUCUUUGAGGAGAUCAGUGGGUCUGGAGCACUGAAGGAGGAGUACGACAAGUUGAAGGCUGAAAUGCUGAAGGCGGAGGAGAAUACCCAGUUCGCAUUCAAGAAGAAAAAAGGCAUGACUGCUGAACGUAAAGAAGCUGAGCAGGAGAAGGAGGAAGCUGAAAGAUACCUGAAGCUGAAGAAUGAAGUGAAAGAAAAGCAGUUGGAGCUGGAGCUGUUCCGACUGUACCACAGUCAAAAUGAAAUUAGUGAUCUGAAAGAAGAAGUACGUAAAACGCAGAAAACGUUGGAGAAAAAGAUAACUAGUAAAGAUCAAACAGAGGCGCUGCUAAACGAGAUGAUACAACAGCAUACUCCAGUGUCUGAGGAAGUGAACAAGAUUGAUCAGGACAUCAGAAAACUGGAGACUGAAGUAAAUAAGAAGCGAAUGGCUGUCAUUGGGGCCAAGGUGAAAACGACGCACUUACAGAAAAGUGCCGACUUGGCCCGCAAGUCUCUCACCCAAGCCAUAAACAAAAACAACACACACCAAGACAGCAUCAAGGAACUGGAGACCAAGCUGGAGGAGGUGGAGAAGAAAAGAGCCGAGUUUGAAGAGAGUGUUGCGAUGGAUUUUGAAAGCCAGGGUCUAAGUGUCCAGCUAGAAGAUACGCAAAUCAACGAGUACCACAGGCUUAAGAAUGAAGCAAUAUCCAAAUCGGCCAGAUACACACAGGAGCUGGACUCGAUUACCCGCGAGCAGAAAUCUGACCAGGAUCGCCUAGAUAAUGCCCACCGACGCUUGGCUGAUAUCGAGCACAGAAUGCAGCGAAAGACACAGGAGAUAGAGAUGGCCCAGAUGAGGUCAGAGAAGCUGGUGGAGUACAUAAGCCAAGCUGAGGCAUCGCUGGGGGAACAGAAUCGGACCAGGGAGGAAUUGUCAGAAGAAGUGAGACAGUGCAAGGAAAGGCUGACAGAGCUUCAGCAAGAGCUGGAGAGAGUAACGAAUGAACUAUACGAGGCUCGGGUUUCCCAACAGGAUGCCACAUCCAGGGAGAAAAAACAGGAAGUUGUAGAGAGACUUAAAGAGUUGUUCUCUGGGGUGUACGACCGCGUGAUUAACAUGUGUCAACCCAUUCAUCAAAGAUACAGAGUGGCCAUCACAAGGGUGUUUGGCAAGUACAUGGAUGCCAUUGUGGUCGACAGUGAGAAGACAGUACAGCAGUGUAUACAGUACCUCAAGGAGCAGAGGGUGGGGCGCGAGACCUUCCUCCCCUUAGAUUACAUCACCGUAAAGCCUCUCAAGGAAAGGCUUAGAGACAUCACAGACCCAAAAAAUGUAAAGCUAAUCUUCGAUCUGGUGCAGUACAGUCCGCCGGAGAUCAAGCCGGCAGUUUUGUUCGUGACCAAUAAUGUUCUCGUGUGUGAGACUGUGGAGGAUGCCACCAAGCUAGCGUUCGAGAUGGAGGAUAGGAACAGGUACGACGCCGUGGCUCUGGAUGGGACAUUCUUCGCCAAGUCUGGCAUUAUCUCUGGUGGCACUUAUGAUCUAGAAAAAAAGGCAAGGAGAUGGGAUGACAAACAUCUGUCUAAAAUGAAGUCGUCCCGUGUCAAGUUGUCAGAAGAACUACGAGAAGUGACGAAGAACUUGCGUAAGGAGUAUGAGCUUAACACACUGGAAUCUCAGAUCCGUGGCAACGAGACUCGACUUAAGUACUCAAAGACUGAUAAGGAAGCCACAGAUAAGCAUAUUGCACAACUGCAGAAAGAACUGGAUAACAUGAAGGAUGAACUGAAUACCGUUCAUCCACUGCUGGACGAUAUAAAGAAAACCAUGUCGGAGAGGGAGGUCCUCAUAAGGCAGGUAAAAGAGAAGACAAACACUGUAGAAGAUGACGUCUUUGCAGACUUUUGCAAGACUAUUGGGGUCUCCAACAUUCGUCAGUAUGAGAAGCGAGAGUUGCAAGCCCACUCUGAUCAUGCCAGCCGACGUUUACAAUUUGACAAACAGAAAAAUAAUAUUUUAAACCAGCUGGAAUAUGAAAAGACACGAGACACAAAUGCUACGGUGGACAAAUGGAAACGCUCUGUGCAGCACGAUGAGGAUGCUCUAGAAGAGGCCAAGCAAAUAGAAAUCAUUCAGAUUGCAGAACUGGACAAAUGUAUGCAAAAUCUGGAGAAACUACGAAAUGAAAAAUUGGCCAAGAAAUCGGACUGUGAUCAAACAGACGAGGAGAUUAGCAAGUUACGUCGAGCUCUAACCGCUAUCAACAAAAGCAUCCACAGUUUGCAAAAACAUAUUAAUUCCACCGAGACCAAGAUAGAGAAGAAGAAUCUGGAAAGACACUCGAUUCUGAAGCAGUGCAAGAUGGAUGACAUCAUGUUGCCUAUGAUACGAGGCAACAUGGACGAUAUUGAGCGAGAAGGGCGGGAGUCAGAGUCCACCUUGGAGUUUUCUUCCGAGAUCAGCAGUCAGGUCAUCUACGAGAGGGAGGCAAGGAUCGUAAUGGACUACUCUUCACUGCCAAACUACCGCAAGGAGCUUGAUGACUUGGAUGAUAUACGCAAGACUGGAGAACACAUGCAAAGACACAUUAAUGAUCUUAAGAAAACCCUGGAUCUUAUUAAGAUACCAAACAUGAAAGCAACACAACAACUGGAUGUGAUGAGAGAGAAACUUCAGCAGACAAAUUACGAUCUUGACACAGCCCGAAAACAAGCUAAGAAAAUGCAACAGGCAUUUGAAAAACUCAAGAAGACACGUUACGAACUCUUCAUGACAUUCUUUGAGCAUGUGUUAAAUGAGAUUGAUACCAUUUACAAGGCACUGGCCCAGAAUCCCUCUGCUCAAGCAUUUUUAGGGCCAGAGAAUCCAGAAGAGCCUUACCUGGGUGGUAUCAACUAUAACUGUGUAGCUCCUGGGAAGAGGUUCCAGCCAAUGUCUAAUUUAUCUGGAGGAGAGAAAACCAUUGCUGCUCUGUCACUGCUCUUCGGGAUCCACAGUUAUCAUCCUGCUCCAUUCUUAAUAUUGGACGAGAUUGACGCUGCCCUGGAUAAAACCAACAUUGGAAAGGUGACAUCCUAUAUUUCGAAGAUGAAGUCUAAUGUACAAAUCAUCAUCAUCUCUUUAAAGGAAGAGUUUUACCAGAAAUCUGAUGCUAUUAUUGGAAUUUGCCCUGAUCCAGGGGAGUGUCUGAAGAGCAGAGUGUUGACAAUGGACCUGAGGAAAUAUCAAACACAGAGAACUGAAAAUCAUGACAAACCCUUGGGUACAUAAUUAUAAAAAAAAGGCAGAUUCCAGGCCUAGAGGACUAUUUAGCAUCAUCUGUUACUGAACAAUAAAAGAUUCCUAGAUAAUUAAGAUGCUGAAACAAGAGUAAAAAUUUCAGUCAUAAUCAAGGAUUUCAUUAUGGGACAAAUAACCCAAAGGAACAUUACGAAUAUCUUCGAUCAUCAUGAAAAUCAGGAUAUUCUAUGAGAAGGUGUGUGACUGUUACCAAGACAAUGCAAUUGUGACAUUAAGAUGCAGAUCUUGUUCCAUAAGUGCCCAUGAGUUAAUAGCAUUUGGCCAUUAUGUUACUUAGCCAGAAAUUUUUCCCACUUGAAAUUACAGUGGCAAGAGAAAGGCCAUUGAAAUAGGUCGCAUUUGAUAGUACACAACUUCUUGUUUGUAA